AUGGAUCGACGAAUUUGUAACAGUGACAUAAGCGCUUUGGAGAAGAAUUGUGAUGUGCUAAAAACGAAGAUUGCUAACUUUCGCCUAAUAAGUGACGUUCUGCAAGACAAGACGUAUCAGCUGUUAAACAUCAUUCGGAAAAAGGAGGACUUUUUUGGUAUAUUCACUCGUGAAUACGAUGAGGUUUCGAAUGACAUCAAUUCCGUCCAAGCAGUUAUUGAAAUGUACUCCACUGAGUUAGAAGAACUUGAAACCGCAAUCGAGGAAUGUAAGCGUGAUGACGGUGCGGCAGAUGCUCCUCGGGAUAAAAGCGACCAAACUCAACCUCCUAAUGACAACCUCACUGUCUUAACUCCUCCACAACGUCGGCUACCAAUCCACAAGUGUCAGCUAAGGGCCCACCUCCCAGACAACCAGUUUACGGUAGUCGAGGUGCGUCCGGGACAGACGAUACGUCAGGUGUUGGAGAAGAAGCUUUCCCAUCGGUGCUACCGUACUGAGGACCUCUCUGUCUACAGUGUAGGGUCAGGGAAUCUUGUGUUGUGGGAUGACGACGCAGCUGGUGUAGCUCUGAUUUCAGGAGAUUUGGUUGUAGAGUUUAACGAUGAGCAAACGCAUCGACGUCCAAAGCAUGAAUUUCAGCGCAGAAGGUUCUUCGAGACUCAAAUCUGCAGCAUCUGCCAGAAGUUUGUAUUCUUUGGGAUUACUUGUAAAAUUUGUGGCUUGGCGUUUCAUCAAAGGUGUGUUUCGCGGUUAGAGAAGCAUUACCUGCAACCCACUGAAGAGGAUAAUUUCAUUGAGAUUCAAAGACUGUAA